AUGGCUAAGUUUUUGCGGCUAAUUAUAGUGGUUCUGAUCAGAACCAAUUGGAGAAAGAUGUUUGUUGUUGGUGCAAUUCUUACAAUAUGUAGUGUUGUAAUACAGAUUUCUUCACUUCCUUACCCACUGAACCAAUGGAUUUUACCACGAACCACGAAAAUUUCCUCCUACAAACAUUUGAACACUGCAACACACUUGAUUGAAAAUCACCCACUAUCUGUUCAAGAUGCCCGGGCAAUUGCUUCACUUAAUUAUUCAGCAAAUUUGAAUCACUCAGCGGUAAUUUCCAAUGAGCAGCAAAGGGUUUCUCGACGGAGAAGGAGAAAACACCAUAUGGAAUCGACUAUGGAUACUCCACCAUCACCACCUUAUAUUGUUAGAAAACUGCCUGAUCACUUGAGGCACGUAUUGUCAUUGACACCAGAUGAAGCACUUGCAUUUGCCAAAAGAGAAAUUGAAAAUGCCCCAAUCGUUAGUGAAGAUCCUGAACUCUAUACUCCCCUAUUCCGAAAUAUUUCUACUUUCAAAAGGAGCUACGAGUGGAUGGAAUACAUACUAAAAGUUUACAUUUACCAAGAAGGGAAUAGGCCUAUUUUUCACGACCCUCAUCUCAUAGGAAUUUAUGCAUCUGAAGGAUGGUUUAUGAAGUUAAUGGAAGAAAACAGGCAAUUUGUAACAAAGGAUCCAGAAAAGGCUCACUUAUUUUAUCUUCCGUAUAGUGCACGCCAGUUAAAAUCGGCUCUUUAUGUCCCCAAUUCACAUAAUCUUAGGCCGUUGUCAAUCUUCCUGCGGGACUAUGUGAAUAUGCUAGCGGAAAAGUAUCCUUUCUGGAACCGUACUCAUGGAUCAAAUCAUUUUCUAGUUGCUUGCCACGACUGGGGACCGUAUACAUUGAAGGAGCACGAGGAACUUAUAACAAACACGAUAAAAGUUAUCUGCAAUGCAGAUGCCUCAGAAGGAAUCUUCAAAGCUGGAAAAGAUGUUUCCCUGCCAGAAACUCUUGUAAAGAAUCCCCGAAGGACUCAUAGAAAUCUUGGUGGAAAAAGAGUGUCACAACGGCCAAUUCUUGCUUUUUAUGCCGGGCAUAUGCAUGGUAGGGUCCGUCCCAUACUUUUCAAGUACUGGAGUGACAAAGACGAGGACAUGAGGAUUUAUGGGGCUUUGCCAAAUAGAGUAUCGAGAAAUAUGUCUUAUACCGAACACAUGAAAUCAAGCAAAUAUUGCGUAUGCCCAAUGGGGUACGAAGUGAACAGCCCGAGGAUUGUUGAGGCCAUAUACUACGAGUGCGUCCCAGUUAUAAUUGCCGAUGGUUUUGUCCUUCCUUUCGAUGAUGUACUCAACUGGAAUGCAUUUUCCGUCAUUGUUGCUGAAAAGGAUAUCCCAAAGCUGAAAGAAAUACUCUUAGCUAUCCCUUUGAGACAAUAUCUAACCAUGCAAACCAAUGUGAAAAUGUUGCAGAAGCAUUUUCUCUGGAACGCAAAAUCAGUUAGAUAUGAUCUGUUCCAUUUUAUUCUACAUUCAAUUUGGAAUAGCAGACUUAAGCAGAUUCAGAUACCACAGCCCUCAUAA